CUUAGUUGUUGAGUGAUAAUAAUGACUUGCUUUUUUCUUGAAAUGGAGUCCUGGAGCCAUACAACACAGAAAUGGGCCCUUUGCUCCAUCAUUUCCAUGCCGACUUAGCUCAAUUACGUUAAUCUUAUUUGCCUGCAUCAGGACCUCAUCCUUCUUUGCCUUGCCUAUUUAUGUGCUGCUAAACAUUUUGACAUACACGAAAAUCAAAAUAAUAUUCUGCAGAUGCUGGAAAUCUAAAAUUCCAAGGUGGCUGUCUGACUUGCUGAGUGUUUCCAGCUAUUUCUGUUUUUAUUUGACACAUUCAAAGGCCUUUCAAAGGGCAAAACAUUGGUCUGAAGACAUAAUGGCCCAGUUAAUCCACUCCCCAUUCCCAUCAACUCCCCAUAGAAUCUAUCUCUCAACUACGAGAAACCUACAUGCUCACAGGAAGAACGUGCAAACUCUAUCUCACGAUAUCUGGACUGCAUCAAGCCAAGGGUGCUAUGAGGCAGCUCUUCUAAAUACUCUGUCACCCACAUGGUCACGUUUACCAAAGUCAGCUCUUCAUUUGCAAUUUGCUUUGAGUUCUAAUUACCAAAUAGGUGAGGUCCAUUUCAAUCAAGUUGUCAUGAUUGUUAACCCAGGGGUCUGGUUUGUUGAUUUAAUAACUAAACCAAUGGACUAAUAUACCUAUGUUCAUGAACAUUUAGAUAUGAAAUGGUCCCUCAACAACAUAGGAAUGUUAUUCACAAUUGCUGACUAAUUUCAAAGGCCUUGCUCCAUCAGACAAUCCAAAAUGAAGUUCCCUCUGUGCGUGGGCUACAUAGCCAUCUGGAUUCUGACUGUAGCUUUUGGCUUCCCUCUUGAUCCAUCACUAGAUGAAGCCUGGAUCAGCUGGAAAUCAUUCCAUCAGAAGCAGUACCAAGAGGAUGAUGUGAAUUACAGAAGAAUGGUUUGGGAGCAGAACGUAAGAUACAUUGAACAACAUAACCUGGAGCAUUCAAUGGGGAAACAUACAUUUACUGUGGGAAUUAACCAGUUUGGCGACAUGACUCCAGAGGAAUUCAGGCAACUUCUGAAUGCAAGCAGGAUAAAGGAAGCUGAGAACUCAACUUGCAAAGUAUUCACAGCACAGGAGAAUGCCCAGUUGCCUCCAAGUGUUGAUUGGAGGCCUAAGGGCUACGUUACUCCAGUGAAGGAUCAGGGCCAGUGUGGUUCCUGCUGGGCAUUCAGCACCACCGGAGUACUGGAAGGACAGGUGUUUAAGAAAACGGGAAAGCUUAUUUCCCUGAGCGAACAGUACCUGAUGGACUGCAGCAGAGUUGUAGGCAAUGCCGGCUGUGGUGGUGGAUCUGUCAUGGCUGGCUUCUUAUUCAUUAAAGAAAAGGGUAUUGCUUCCGAGCAGUCCUAUCCCUACACUGCUAAGGAUGGGGAUUGUAAAUCCAAACAAAGCGACAUAGUUGCCACUUGCAAAGGAGUCAAGCAAAUUCCGAGAAACUCUGAAACGGAUUUAGCGGCAGCAGUGGCCACGGCUGGACCAAUCUCAGCUGGCAUCGACGCAGAGCACAGGUCCUUCAUGUUGUACAAAGCGGGAAUUUUUUAUGAGCCUCACUGCAGUACUGUGAAUCUCGAUCAUGGAAUUUUGGUGGUCGGAUAUGGAAUGGAAAAUCAGAAACCAUAUUGGAUUGUAAAAAACAGUUGGGGACCAAGUUGGGGCAAUGAAGGUUACGUCCACAUGGCUAAAGACAUGGAUAACAACUGCGGAAUAGCUUCAAAUGCAGUUUAUCCUGAGGUGUGAAGGUUGAGGUGUAUUGCACGGAAAAGAUAAUCAUUCACUUUGUGUCUGUCUGGAGCUGCUGCUUUACAUCGUUGUUAAUGCUGUUUAUCUUCAUUUAACUUUGUCACUGGUAG